AUGAUAUCAAACAACUUCUACAAAUAUACCGAUAGAAAGAGCAUUGAUCCACAUCUUAUAUGCGAACUAUGUAAUAACCCUUUUAUUGAUCCGAUUGUGACUGAAUGUGAUCAUAUUUAUUGUCGUGCAUGUAUUACAAAAUACAUGGAAAAUGGUUCAUGUUGUCCAGCCCAGUCAUGUAGUCAAUUAUUGAGUAAUGAUAAUUCAACACUGAACCGCCCAUCACGUAUUAUUUUAUCAAUGCUCGAUGACAUAAACGUACAAUGUGAGCUUUGUGGUGAAAUAAAUCUAUACAGACGAAAUUUUGAUGAGCAUAUCAAGGAAAAUUGUUCUGAAUAUCGAAUAGAUUGUCCAGGGAAGGCCCUUGGUUGUAUAUGGUUCGAGCCGAGAAAUCAAUAUAACGAACACAUAAAAGCAUGUUUAUUCGAAAAAUUAAGACCAACGACUGAUGAACUAUAUGACAUGAUAAAAAAACAAGGUUUGCAUAUAGAAGAGCAUCGAAGGCAAGCAGAACAAGAAAAAGUCAAAGUGCAAGAGCAAAAUACUAAACUAGAAGAGAAAAUGCACCAACAAAAGAUUGAGCUAGAAGACAAAAUACAAGAGCAAAAGAUUCAAUAUGAAAUGCUAAUUGAGCAACAAAAAACUCAACUUGAAAAGGCAAUGACACAACAAAAGAUUGAGCUAGACGAUAGAAUACAAAAGCAAAAGAUUCAAUACGAAGGGCUAAUUGAACAACUUGAAAAUGCUCAAUCAGAAAAUCAAAACCAAAAAAAUGAAAUAUCAUCUGCUCGUGGUGAAAUCGCAAAACUUGCAGGAGAUAUCGACAGAAUGAAAAGCAGCAUACAAUGGAAUGUUAUGCCAAAUAUUUGCAUGGUCACUCGAUCCGGAUUGGAAGGAGUGACGGUUGCUGGAGGUAAUGGGCCAGGCAACUCUACAAAUCAACUCAACAGACCUUACAGUAUCUUCGUUGAUGACAAUCAAGUACUGGUCAUUGCUGACACGUUUCACGGUCGUAUCACCCAAUGGAAGAAGGGUGAGAUCAAUGGAGAAAUCAUCGCUGGUGGCAAUGGUGAAGGGAAUCGAUUGGAUCAAUUAAAUCGUCCAACUGAUGUGUUAAUUGACAAAAAGACAGAUAGUCUCGUUAUUUGUGAUAGAGAGAACCGACGAGUCGUACGAUGGUCUCGUCAUAAAAAUACAACACAAGGAGAAAUCCUGAUCGAUAACAUCUGUUGUUAUGGAUUAGACAUGGAUGAUCACAGAUAUCUCUAUGUCUCUAACACUGAACAACAUGAAGUAAGACGAUAUCAAUUGGGAGACAAGAAUGGUACUCUCGUGGCUGGUGGCAAGGGUCAAGGUGCUGCUCUCAAUCAAUUCAACGGACCGGGAUACCUCUUUGUCGAUCGACAGCAGAAUGUCUACGUGUCAGACAACAGAAAUCAUCGUAUAAUGAAGUGGACUAAAGAUGCAACAACAGGUAUUGUCGUAGCUGGUGGUGAAGGCGAAGGAAAUGCUCUGACACAAUUGUCGUAUCCAAAUGGGCUAUUCGUUGACAAAUUCAAUACUCUCUAUGUUGCAGACUCAUGCAAUCAUCGUGUGAUGUGUUGGCCUCAAGGAGCCAAACAAGGUAUUGUGAUUGUGGGUGGAAAAGGCAAAGGUGAAGAAGCCAAUCAGUGUAACACUCCUCGUGGUUUAUCUUUCGAUAGAUAUGGCAAUCUCUAUGUCGCUGAUGAAGGUAAUCAUCGUGUUCAAAGAUUUUCUCUCUAA